AUGCCAGCAGCCAAGAGAGCAGUUCGUGUCGCUGGAGCCUCAGGAGGCUUUGCUGACCGACAGCGGGCCAUCCAUGAUCUGGCCAAGAACUGCAAUGUUGAUGUCAUUAUUGGCGACUGGAUGUCCGAGUGCACCAUGACCAUCCAUGGCUCCAGCAAAAUAGCCAACGCGAAUGCCCUGGCCAAGGAUCCCAAUGCGGCCGUAAUUGACCUUUUUGAUCCAUCCUUCAUGGGCAGUCUCGGGCCUGCAUUGCCUUAUCUUCAGCAGAACGGCGUAAAGGUGGCCGUAAAUGCGGGUGCGAGCGCCCCGGGCUUGCUUGCCAAGACCGUCAAGGACGAAGUGACGAGGCAGGGACUGGAUCUCAAGGUUGCCUGGGUAGAGGGUGACGACGUGACUGAGCAGGUCAAUGAACUGCGGAAGAGUGGCGAGAAGUUUAAGAGCAUCGACACUGGCAAGGAUCUGGACGAAUGGGGCCACGAUCCUCUCUGCGCACAGUGUUACCUUGGUGGCAUGGGCAUUGCCGAGGCCUUCAAGAAUGGGGCAGACAUCGUCGUCUGCGGCCGUGUAGCCGACGCUGCACCGGCAAUCGGAGCGGCGGCAUGGUGGCAUGGAUGGGACGCCAGCAAUUUUGACGCCCUCGCCGGUUCGCUGAUCGCCGGCCAUCUGAUCGAGUGCUCCACCUACGCCACGGGUGGAUACUAUUCUGGGUUCAAAGACCUAUUCGAUGGGUGCGAGAAUCUGGGCUUUCCCAUUGCCGCCAUCGAGGCCAACGGAGACGCUGUCUUUACGAAGGAGGAAAACGGCACCGGCGGCGAGAUGUCCGUUGGAACAUUGACGUCGCAGCUGGUGUACGAGAUCCAAGGCCCACUCUACUACAACUCAGAUGUGACUGCCAACAUAGAGGACAUCAAGUUCGAGCAGAUUGGAAAGAAUGAAGUGCGAAUGACCGGCGUGAAGGGAAUCGCUCCUCCGGCAACCACAAAGGUUGGCAUUACGGCCCAGGGUGGCUACCAAGCCGAGUUCCAUUACCUCUUUGUGGGGCUUGAUAUUCAGAAGAAGGCGGAGUGGACCGAGAAGCAGAUCCGAUACGCGAUGCGGGAUCACAUUCACAAGUUCUCCAAGAUCAAGUUCCACUUGAUCGGCUCUCCCGCCCAGGACCCCGAAACUCAGGAUUCGGCAACGGUCGACUUCCGCAUCUUCGUGCAGUCCAAGGACCCAUCCAUCCUCGGCAUGGGCAGCUGGGCCAGCCUGGGCGGCGCCGACUCCUUCACGCGCUGGUGCAUGCAGAACUUCCUGACAUCAGCCCCCGGUGCGAGUGUCACGCCUGACAGCCGGCAGUCAUCCGGAAAGCCCAUAUUCGAGUACUGGGUGUCCAUCCUCCCCCAGGCCGUGGUACGACAACGUGUCUAUCUCGAGUGGACUGGCCAGGCCAUCGACAUACCCACGCCAACCAAGACGCAACCCUAUGCCAAUGAUCAGAAGUCGUACGAUACCGCUAACCCAGUCGACCUCGCCAGCUUUGGCCCGACCACGCGCGGCCCGCUUGGUUGGGUUGUGAUGGGUCGAUCGGGCGACAAGGCAUCCAAUGCCAACGUCGGCUUCUUCGUCCGGCACGACGACGAGUGGGACUGGCUGCGUAGCCUCCUGAGUACCGAGAAAUUGAUCUCGCUCCUAGGCAAGGAGUAUCUCGGCCAUGGGGUGGAACGCUUCGAAAUGCCAAAUCUCCGUGCUGUGCAUUUCUUGGUUCGCGACCACCUGGACCGAGGGUUUAACUCUACCUCCUCGCUUGAUGCGUUGGGUAAAAACCUAGGCGAGUUUCUUAGGUCUAAGUGGGUCGACAUUCCGGACAAGUUCUUAGCUAGGGGUAAGAUUUGA